AUGGUGCACAAAUGGUUAGAAACAACAAACAAAAAGUCCUGGGUACCCAUGCAAGGAACAAUGAGCAUCACCAGAAGUGACAAAUGCAACUCAUCACAAGCAAAGCAAUAUCAAGAACUGGUAGGGCAAUUACUAUGGGUAUCCAAUACAGUACAGCCAGAUGUAUCAUUCACAGUAGGAGUACUGGCACAACAUAUGACAAGCCCAAUCAACAGUGCAUGGAAAGUGGUGAUUCACAUGGUGAAGUAUCUGAACCAGACAUUCAGCUGGAAGUCAUAUGUUCAGAAAUGUGUAGCAUUGUCAGCAGUGGAAGCCAAAUUCAUAGCUGCAUCAGAAGCCAUAAGAGAAGCACUAUUCUUUUCAUAUCUCCUCAAGGACUUAGAAGCUGGGGAUGUUCAGCCAGUACUGUGCACAGACAGUCAAGGAUGCAUUCAAGUAAGUAAGGACCCAGCUAAGCAUUGGAAGCUGAAGCAUAUUGAUGCCCAAUAUCACUUCAUUUGA